AAUACCAUCUUUCAAGAAAAAGAAAAGUUGUGUCAUGGCAUCUUGGGUUAAUGGCUUCUCACGUUCCUUCCUCCCUUGUUCUUUGGAAAAUCGUCCAGGACUUGCAAAAAUUGGAAAAAGGGAACCUGUUCCCGUUGUUUCCUUUAAUGGCGCUAGAAAACAGAAAUGGAACAUCAACGUCCGAGGCGUUGCACAAACUUCCGGACCCUCCAGGCUCCAUCAGGAUUGUCCGGAUAACUUUGCCAUCGAAUACGAGGAAAAGAUAGAUGAAAUUAGGCAGUUAUUGCGAUCAAAGGGAGAAGAUGAUCCGUCGGAGAGUUUGGUUUUGGUGGAUGCCAUCCAGAGGGGAGGACUCAGUUCUUACUACGAGGAGGAGAUUGAAUCACUUAUUCAGAAACAUUACGUGGCAAGCUGCGCCUCCAUAUACGGAUACUACAGUCUACGUGAUGUUUCACUGCUUUUCCGUCUAUUAAGACAACAUGGACACUACAUUUCUCCAGAUGUAUUCAACAAUUUCAAAGGAAAGGAUGGGAGAUUCAGAAGAAACCUGAGCCAAGACAUCAGAGGACUGAUGGAGUUGUAUGAAGUGGCACAACUGAGUUUCCAGGGAGAAUAUAUUCUUGAUGAAGCAGCAAGUUUUAGCGGCCACAUUCUCCGUGAAUAUUGCUUGGCGAAUGUGGACAACAACUUGUCUAGAAUGGUUACUGGUAAGUUGCGGUACCCUUACCACAAGACCAUACCAAGAUUGACAAGGAAAGACUUCCUUCAAGAUAUUGAAGGCAUCAACGGAUGGGGAAAGACUUUAAGGGAGCUGGCUCUUAUGGAUUUGCGCAAGGGACAAUCUGUAUUCCAAGGGGAAUUAGCCCAAGUUUCCAAGUGGUGGAAUGAAUUGGGCUUAGCUAAGAAGCUAAAGCUCGUGAGGAAUCAACUACCAAAAUGGUAUACUUGGUCGAUGUCAGUCCUAAUCGAUGAUUUCAGCUUGUCGCUGCAGAGGGUGGAGAUCACUAAAUCAACUGCUUUUAUUUACUUGAUAGAUGACAUCUUUGAUGUUGUUGGCACACUGAAUGAGCUGACCAUUUUCACCGAAGCAGUAAACAAAUGGGAAUAUGCUGCUGUUAACAUGUUGCCAGACUACAUGAAGAUGUGUUACAGGGCUCUUCUUGAUACCACAAACGACAUAGGCCGCGAGAUUUACAAAAGGCAUGGACACAACCCCAUUGACUCUCUAAAAACAUCGUGGGCAAGUUUGUGCAAUGCAUACCUAGUGGAAGCAAAAUGGUUUGCCUCUGGGGUUUCACCAACAGCAGACAUGCAUCUGGAAAAUGGGAAGGUGAGCACCGGAGUAUAUGUGGCGCUAGUCCACUUAUUCUUCCUCUUAGGUCUUGGCCGAACAGAUGGCGGCACAAUCAAUUUUCCUGAUAUAUCCCAACUCCUAUCCGAUGUUGCUACAAUUUUUCGUCUGUGUAAUGAUCUUGGGGGUGCCAAAGAUGGGAAUGAAGAUGGCACUGAUGGAUCAUACAUAGAUUUGUGUAUGAAAGACCAUCCAGGAGUAUCAGUGGCACAAGCACGAGAGCGAGUUGUUGAUGUAAUAGCAAGCCAAUGGAAAAGCCUUAACAAAGAGUGUUUCCGUCUGAAUCACUCUUCAGCAUCAUCUUUCAAAAAGGCUUCUCUUAAUCUUGCAAGGAUAGUUCCUCUCAUGUACGAUUAUGAUGACAACCAACGGCUGCCAGUUCUUGAGGAGUAUGUCAAGUUUACGUUGUUCAAUCAGACAAACACCAUCAUAUAACUCAAGCACUAAUACAAUUAAUUGUCUGAUUUUCAUUCCACAGAAUUUUGACAUGUUUCAAUUUUAAGUAGCAGUGAAAAUACUGAUACAAGUUGCAAAAUCUCGA